UCUAUGCUCAUCAACGUCAGUAGUCAAGGCAAGAAGACAGUAGAAAGCAUAGAGUAGAAAGUGUUGACAAAUUUAACAAUUAAAUUACUUACUACUACUAAUUAUUAAAUUAAUUAAUACAUGAUAUUGUACUGUUUAUUUCAUUUUCAAUGUUAAAUAGCACAUAAUUUUCUAAUGAAAGCUUAAUGUAAAGAUAAAUAUGCCUUAUAGAUAAUACAGGCUACGGUACAAUCAGUAUAAAUAUUAUAUGGGACAUUUGAAUCAUAUAUUAAUAAUUGAUAAAUUUUUAGACUAAACCUUGUUUUAUUCUUAGAAAAUAGGAUUGAUAAAAAAUUAUAAAAAUCAUGACCGAUAAUCUGGGUAUCCUGAGUGAAAUCUCUCCUGUUUUCCGUCCUUAUAUUCAGUGUAUUUACCAAGACUUAAAACUAGGUUUAUGUAAAACUAAAAUUGACUUGGAAAGGAUAUCUGGGAAUGUAGAAGGAGUUGAAAGCCAAUUAAGGGUGGUACUCCCAUAUUGCUCAAAAAAAUUAAAGUGGGAAGUAAUUUUUGAUCCUUCAACACCAUGGUUUGCACCAGACUUCAGAUUUGAUGACGAAAGCUUUCUUAGUAAUAUUGAUGAAGAAAAUCUUAAUAAAGAGGUCCCAAGUCUUUGUCAGUGGAAUUCAAGUGACCCUAAAGCUUUAUGUGGAGUUUUGACAGAACUUAUCAAAUUAUAUAAAUUUCAUCAGAUAAAGAAAUUGAAUGAGGAUGACAAUUCUCGUGCAUCUUUUGAAUACAGUGCAUUACUUGGAAAUGCUCUAACCACUGAACAAGAUGUUGAAGUCUGGGUGGGAGGUCACAUAGUCGAGUUUAUGAUUAAGUUAAAAGUCAAUACAUCUAAGCUCCCUGAACUGUAUAAUGAAAGCAUUGAUAUGAAUCCUGGGAUUGACACAGCUCUUUUACUAGUGAGGUACCCAAAUUCCACAAAUGCAGAAUUAAUUCUUUCACCAUUUUUGUCAAAAGUUCUGGGAAAUAUAACAUUACCUUUAAUGCAUCAAUCAGGAGUACUAAUGGAUUAUGUACCAAUGAUAACAGAUUUACUAAACAGCAAGAUACAGGAUAUUGUAAACAAUGAUAGGCUAAAGAGAGAAUUGCUAGCUCAGCUGAUUAUUAAAUAUGAAGGAGCAAUUCUAGAACAUGAUGCUACAAGUGCAGCAUUACUAUUUCAAAUGAAUGAUUUUCAUUGGAUCUUGCAAAUAGAUAUAGGUGCAAAUUUUCCUGAAAAAUCACCUAUAUUAACUCUGCGAUCUGUGUAUCAUAGUGCUAAAGGAAAGCCAAAGUCAAAAAUUCUACCGAGUUGCCCACACACAAAUUUUGAAGCAUAUAUUGAACAACAGGUUGAAAUAUUCAAAAAUGAAUGCAAAGGAAUUACAGCAAGUCACCCAAUUCUUACUCUGGAUAAUUAAAUAUAAAAACUGUUUUUGAAUAUAGUUUAACUGUACCGUUUUAUAGACAAAUACAGUUUAUUCCAUUUCUGUAA